AUGGACGGCGCGUACGAGAGCGCCAGGGCGAGGCUCAAGGCGCAGUCGAAGCGCGAGCCGGGCGCGGAUCCGGGCGCGACUCGUUUUGGAGCGACUCGUUCGCGAUCUCUUCUCUCCGGGGGGACGAAACCGAAGGCGUCGUCGGACGGCCGGGAAAGGGCAACGACGGUCGAGGUCGUCCAGGGUGCGGACGAUAAUAUCGUGGACGCGCAAGGGCGGAUGACGCGCGCGCUACUCCAUGACGCCACGGGAUGUCGCGACCUGUCCUCGGCGACCGUCGCUGACCUGCACAACGCGGACCUCACCGCGCUCGCGUCGGGCGAUCUCGACGCGUGCCCGAACCUGGUGUCGCUGGACCUCAGCUUCAACCAGCUCGUGGACAUCGACGGAGACGCGCUCGCGCCGCUGACCAAUCUACGCGCACUCAUCGUGUACAACAAUCGCGUCGCGUCCGUGAAAGCCGUCGCGCGGGUCGGGCAAUCGCUACAGACGCUCCAGUGUCAGAACAACGCCAUCACGUCCCUGGACGGCGUCGAACAUCUCCGAAGGCUCGCCGUCCUCAACGCCAGCGGCAACCCGCUCGGGGACUGCAAGUUGAUCGGACGAUGCACGACGCUGACGAGGUUGGACAUAUCCCGAUGCGGGCUCGAGAAGCUGGAGGGGUUCGCGACGCUUCACGCGCUCGAGGAGCUCAACGUCAGCGGCAACGCGCUGACGGAAAUAUCCGCCGUCGCCAAGUGCGCCAAGCUGCAAGAGCUCGACGUAUCGCACAACGCCUUGCCGCCGUCCGCGCUGAGGGACCUGAAGGCGUUGAAACGGCUGGACGUGUUGAACCUCGAGGGCAACGCCCUGGACCACCUGAACUCCAUGCCGAGGAUGGAGGAACUCACGGAACUCAACUGCGCUAAGAACCCGCUGCGGACGCUGCCCGACGACUUUCCCGCCAAGUGCCCCGAGCUUCAGAUACUCGACCUCGGCGAGUGCCAGCUGGCCGGGGACGUCGCCAGCGUGGUGAAGGCGCUGUGUGGACUGGACACGCUGACGGAGCUCAGGCUCAAGUUCAACCCCUGCGCGGGGGGGGGCUCGGGAGGGGGGCAUCGACCGGGGCGGACGCACCGUCGCUCGUCGGCGGCGGCGACCGCGGGGAGAUCGACGGCGCCGGCGGCGUCCAGGCCGCCGGCGCGGUCGGCUCCAACCGCCGCCGGCCGGCGCAUCAGGACCGCCGGGCCGGGGACGACGGGCGCGACGAUGAGCGCUCGUCCCCCGGCUCCGCCGCCGAGGGCGCCGGCUCGACCGCCGCCUCCACCCCAACCGGACGUUUCCGGCGACGUCUGGACCCCCGCGGCGGACCCGUGGCGCGGGCUCGACCGCGCCGCCGCGGCCGCCGCGACGCUGGGAUACCGCCGCGAGGUGAUCCGCGCGCUGCCGCGGUGCCUCUACCUGGACGACGUCGCCGUCGGUGACGCCGAGAGGGGCGGCGAAGAAGGGGGAGCCGGCCCGCGGACUCGGCCGGACGUACCGGAUGUAACGGACGUAACGGCCGGAGACGACGGGGACGAACGGGACGAGAACGACGUUGACGCUCUUCUCAAGAGGCGGCCUCAGUCCGCGCGCCGUCCCAAGGCGGCGGACAUGUCCGCAAAGGCGGCGACGGCGGACGGGCACUACGAAGACGUCGCGGUGAAAUUUAUCAAGGAGAUGGAGGAUUAUAAGACCAAGAUGAGCGGUUUGAUUGGCAAGAUACGGGACGGCCUGAAGGAGACCAGGCAGGAGGCUGUCGCCGCGUUGAGAAGCGACGGGACGCUCGAGGCCGAGUCGGACGCGGUGCCGUCGGGCAGGCUGCCCAGCGCCCCGAUCGUCGGAAGCGUACCGACGAAAAAGGUGGGCGUCCUCAACAAGGUCGACGAGGACAAGGUUGGUCGGGAAGCCGAGGCUGCCGACAGCGCGCUUCGACGCGGCGCCGAACCGCCCGCCGCCGCUGUCGUUCAAGCGUCGCCGUCGCCGGGGAAACGUCCGGCGUCGGCGCGGGCGAAGCUGGUGGAGGCGCAGGACGCCACGAGAGCCGUGCUGGAACAGUUCGAUAGACUGUUCUCCGACAAGUUGUUCUUGGACGACGUCGACGGCGUCGGUUCACCGGAGGGGGACGAAGGGAUCACGCGAACGCCCGAGGAUCGCCGCCGAUGGAUCGUGAGGCCGCCGUCCGCGCGGGGCGGGCGGCCGCGCUCGGCUCGCGGCGCGGGUGGAAUUGCCGAAAAGGUCGCCGCCGCCGUCGCCGCCGUGGACGCGCAACUAGCGGCGGAGGUACGCGAUCAAAAGCGCGCCGCGUCGGAGGAGGAGGGGACGCGCGCGACGGCGCUGGCCGGGACGAGUAAGGCGCGGCCGAGAUCGGGCGGCGGGAACGGCGGGGCGGGGCUGGGGGAUGAUAAAGAUGGGCGGCGGCUCAGACCCCCGAGUUUGGCGGGUGGCUCGACGGGGACGCUCGGCAAGGUUCUGGAGAGGACGAGGACGUCGUCCGCGGCGGUCGCCGCGUCGAGGCGUCCGCCGUCGUCGGGAAGGCUGUCGACAUCGGGAGCCGCUGGAGGGCGCGGAGUCCCUCGCGCGACGUUCAGGAAGCCUCCGGCGUCGGGAGAGCGGAGAUGA